AUGGCAAAUUGUAAAUUUUUAGAUUUAGUAUAUAUAUUAUUGUGUCUACUUAUUAACACAAUAAUCCUGGUCAGAGCCAAUACAUUUCAAUGGGCUAACGAUCCUAAUUUGGAAUCAACAUCCCAUUGGCACAGAGACUCCCAGCAAAACGGUGCCGCAGUAUGUGUGGACAUACCGUCAAAUGUGACACUAUGUCAGGGAAUUGGUUACACAAAAAUGCGUUUACCUAACCUAUUAAAUCACGACACACUACGUGAAGUGUCUGAACAGGCAAAAAGUUGGAUACCAUUGUCUCAGUUGGACUGUCAUCCCGACACCAAACUGUUUCUGUGCUCUCUAUUCAGUCCAGUUUGUUUAGAUCAUCCGAUACCUCCGUGUCGGUCACUCUGUCAAACAGUGCAAACAGCGUGCGAACGGGUAAUGUUGAACUAUGGCUACUCGUGGCCUACGAUCGUAAAGUGCGACCAGUUUCCCAUCGACAACGAUAUGUGUAUUCAGGCACAACAUGGCCGACAACAAUCGGUAGCCGCCGCCGCACCGCCACUGGUGUCGCAAACAUCCGAUAGAAGUUCAAAUCAUAACAACAAUCGUGUGGUGACCAGCUCUGACCAGCACCAGGAGGUCAAACAUCAUCGUAAGCCUGGCAGCUCUCAUCGUAAUAAAGGCAAUGGCAAACAUAAGAGACGUAACCAUAAUGUUGAUAUUGUGGACGACAACAACAGCAACAGUCAGCGACAAUCGACUACCGGCGCUCACAAAGUGACAGUAUAUGAACCACAAGUCGGACAUCUACAGGUGCAGCCAAACUUGGAUGCUAGUCGUGUCGAUAACAAUAAUGAGAUGUCGGUUAAUACGGAUAGACCGCCGAUUAGGAAAUGGAGUGAUAGUCAGCGCCAGCUCUACAAUGAUGUCAUUACAAACUUUUGUCGAUCACAAUGGAUACUGAAAGCUCGUAUAUAUCCAGUGAAUAACAACAAAAAUGAGAUAAAAAUACGUAACUAUCGGCUAAUACACGGAGAGAUGCGACCAAAUCAGGCGCCGGUAGUGUUAAGCGCCAACAGUACUGUUAUCGAAAAACUUAUGGAUAACGCCGACCAGUCGUCUUCAUCGUCACCAGUCAUCACCAAACAGACCACUGACGCCCAGCGCCGGUAUUUUAUAAUAGGCACCACCGAUGCCGACACCAAUACUAAUUGGGCAACUUUUGUAAUGCAAUGGCCGCACAAAUCGCCACAAUUGAGAAAAGCACUGAAGGCUAUAACUAAUAACGACUACGAUUGCACUAAACAAGACAACAGUGAACAUACCAGUGCUGGCAAUAAUACAGGUGCUGGUCAUCAGCGACAACACAAUAAUAAUAAUAAUAAUAGACAAUCGCAGCGACAAAAUAAUGAGCGAAAAAAUCAUCGAAAAGAUCGCCAAAGAGUUGGUUCAAAAAAAUAA